AUGUUCGAAGACUCAGACAACAAUCUAUACCUCUUUACCUCCCUUACUGCGGGGUCAUCUCACAUCGUCACCGCGACGGCGACUCUGGAGAGGAUCCUCAAGGCAAACAAGCUGCCUUUCCUGGCUAUCGAUGUCGCAACCAACGAUGUCGCUCGCAAGCUCUGGGGUCGUCGCGCCAAGGGCAAGAAGCUGCCGGGUCUAGUGAAAUUUGGCAGCGUCGUUGGGGACUUGGAAGAGGUCGAAGACUGGAACGAAUAUGGCGAGCUCAGAAUGCAGAUCGACAACGUCCAACCCCUGGACAGCGUCUUCUUCUCUAGCACGGUCGCCCAAUCCGAACCUACCACCCCCGCCGUCUCUACCCCUACCACUGAAUCUCCCGCCGUGAAACAGAGCACAAUCAAGAUUCAAAGCCCUCCCGCGAAGGAAACCCCGAAGGAUGAAUCCGCCACCACCGCCAUGCGCCUGGCCAGUGAGGAGGCCGCGGCCAAGGCCAAGGGCCAAGCUACGAACGGCGACGCGAAGAACUCCACGACCACCACGACCACGACCAACAACACAGUGCCGGCAGCUGCAGAGCAGAAGCCGAUCGAGCCCACUGCGGCGAGCGUGGACGCUCCCGCCGCGAAGGAAGAUACUGCACCUGGGGCCGUAGAUAUCCCUGCCACCCAGGAAUCGAGACCCAAGCGGCCGCCGUUGUUGGUGCCCGAGAUCGCCGCCGAGUCGUCGGCCAACAUCCGCGCUGACGCUGCUGUCGUUGAGCACCACCGUGGUUCCAUCGUCUCGGCCACCUCGCCUGAGGAGCAGGCCAAGGUUGCCCAUGAUCUGCGCAAGUCGAUUUCUGGAGGUCACCAGGAACUUCUGAACUCGCUGCGCGAGGAUGUUGCGGCUGGAGCCAAGCAGGAGGAAACGAUUGAGGAGGAACCAGAAAGUGGCGAGCAGCAAGAAACCGCUGCACCUGCGAUGGCGACUGCCAGCAAAGACAGCCACUAG